AUGUCUACCACUGUACUCGUCGAUCGUACCUCCAACUUGACCGUCCACGAGGCCCCUAACAAGGACUCUAACAACCUCAAGAAAGAGGACCUCUCAGACCGAAACUAUAUCCGCUGGGAUGCUGAAGGUGUAGAGAAGAUCCCACAUGACGAAGAGGAUGAUAUCAAUGCCGUUGCCGACCAGAUCAAUCUGAUUCAGAAAGCCCAAUGGAACGUCCAUCGCCAUUGCUACAGCGGUACCCACGCUCGUACGCAUGGAAUUGUCAAGGGCUCCUUCAUCGUUGACGACAGCCUACCCAAGCAUCUCAAGCAAGGCGAGCUCUUCUCAAAGGGCGGAGAGUUUCCCAUCGUCGCAAGAUACAGCACUGAGCCCGGUGACCCAGGCCUCGAUGACCGCAUCCCUGUCCCUCGCGGCUUCGCCAUGAAGCUGUUCGGCGUCGAGGGAGACAUGUACGAGAACUAUCCAACUCAAGACAUUGAGUUCAACAGCACUCCGGCCCUCGACCUUGCCACGGCCAAAGUCACCAGAGAAAUCAUCGACUUGCGCAUCAAGUACGGUCACGACCAGGAUGAGCUCCGCAAACACCUCGAGAAACGUGACGAUACAGAGUUGCAAACUGCUCGCGACAAGGUCCGAAACACCCACCUUGAAAGCACUCGCCAGUACUCGCAGACCGCCUAUCGCUUUGGCGACUAUGUCAUGAAGUACUGCCUAGUGCCGUCCAGCGAGACACAACGCAAGCUCUACGACGAGACUAUCCGCCCGGAACACGGAUCAGAUAUCCUCCACCGCUGGCUCCAAACCUUUCAUGCCACACAUGACGCAGAGUAUCUCUUCCAAGUCCAGCUAUGUGAGAACCUGGAAGAUCAACCCGUCGAGUACGCCGGUAAAGUUUGGGAUCCUGAAAAGUACCCCUGGCAGACUGUGGCCACGGUCAAGAUCCCCAAGCAAGAGAGUUUCGACUUUGAGAGAAAGACCUUCUGGGAAGAUCACAUGAGAGUUGACCCUUGGCAUGGCUUGAAGGCCUACCAGCCUCUGGGCGGACCCAACAGAUUGAGAAGGGUGGUGUAUCCUGCAUCGAGUAAGCUGCGCCGUAAGAUGAAUGGCCGCAAAGAGGUUCAUGUCACCAGUGUGGAUGAUAUACCCAAUUGA